CACGCAUCCUCCGUUCACACACACAAAGUCACGCACACACUCACGCAGCAGGCACGGAGCGGAUGCGAAGUAAUAAAGAGGGACGUGCCUGACGAUCACCGUUGUCUGGGAGUUGAGCGUCAUGUAGCUAUGGUAAAAGGACGCCAUUUGCUGCAGAAUCUCGUGAAAUUGGACAUCAUGGAGAAAUUUGAUUCUGCUUUCAUACCAAGGAGGGUAUUUUUAUGUGGAUGGUUUAUUGUUGCGGAUUAUACAAUGUAAAAGGAAGGUACUGUGUUAUCAUCGUUUCAUGUGUCACAGGGAUUCCGAGUAUCUAGUAUAUUUUGUCGCAAUUUGAUACAAUCCCAUGCAUUUGAUUCAAGUUUCCUUCGUUUUGAAUUGGGUCAAAUGAUGGUAAUAUGUUUUACAUUAUGACUUUGUGAAGACAUUGUGUGCUCUUGAAUUGUAUGCCUCUGACGGAAAUUGAUAGCCAACAUGGGAUGCGGGGCAUCCCAGAAGAUGAAACAAAUUGAGCACGAGGAAAAGGAAAGAUCGAAGAGAAAACAAGACGAUAUGGACAACAAGGAAGGCGAGGAGUUUGAGGAUGAGGAGGUGGUAGACGAGAUGGGCAACAAGAAGAAAAAGAGGAAAAAGAAGAAGAAGAAGCCCGAGAAGGAUGAACAUUUGUUGAUGUCGUUCAAAGGACAUAAGAAAAGUAUAAACUGCAUGUCGAUGAGCGAAGAUGGGAGUUACAUUGCCACGGGGAGUGAUGACAAAACUAUUAGGGUCUGGAACGUGUUUGAUGGAUCCGUGAAAGCAGUACUCAAAGGCCAUACCGGCUACAUCACAUGCUGUCAAAUAUACGAGGAGUUCGUCUUUACGGGUAGUGCUGAUCGUACGGUCAGGAAGUGGGACAUCGAAGAGUCCAAGGAGGAACUGUUGAUCGAAGGCCAUGGUGGUGCCGUCAAUCGACUCAUCUGCACCGGGGACUUUCUCUUCACGAGCUCGUAUGACAAGACGGCGAUGUGUUGGGACCCUGAUGAUGGGGAACUGCUUCACAUCUUCCGUGGUCAUUCGCGAUCCGUCACUCCGCUGAUGUACAUUCCCGCCGAAGAUGCCAUGAAGGAAGACGUGGUCGACAUGGACCUCAACAAGGAUAUCCUCGUCACAGGGAGUGCUGAUGGCACGGCUAGGGCGUGGAACAUGGACUCGGGAGAAUGUGUGAUCACGUACCGUGGCCACAAAGCCGCCAUACACUGUCUAGGAGCAGAUAGUACAGGGACAGUGCUUUAUACAGGAAGCGGCGAUUUUACAGUGAAUAGUUGGAACAUUAACACAGGAGAGAUCUUUAAGACUUUUACUGGCCACCAAGGAUCAGUCAUAUGCCUUCAGGUUAUAAACAAAUUGAUGUACACUGGUAGUGCAGACCAAACGGUACGCUGCUGGGUGACAGAGUUUGGAGAUCUAACGAGAACAUACGAAGGACAUAGACACACCAUUCAAUCAGUCAAGUUUCGAGAUGGUUUAGUUUACACUGCUUGUGGUGACGGCUUUGCAAGGGUUUAUGAUGCCAAAUCAGGAGCACUGAAAAGGACGUUUAAGGGGCACGAAGGAGCAGUAUACUCUAUUCUGUUGCUAGACGGGAAGCUUGCUACCUCAUCCUUCGAUGGUACGGUAAACGUCUACGACUGCUCCGACAUCAAAGACGAGAUCACCAGCUUCGGCGACGACGAAGAGGAGAAGGAGAAGAAGAAGAAAGAAAAAGAAGAGAGGAAAAAGAAAGAGAAGGAGCGAAAAGAGAAGGCCAAACAAGAGAAAGAAAAAGCCAAGCAGGCGAAAAUUGAGGCCAAGAAAGUGUUGGAUCAACAAAAGCUGGAAAUGGCGAAGAAGCUGAAGGAGCGAAGGGAGGCUGGGAAAAAGAAGAAAGAAGCGGAGGAGGGGGAUGGUCAGGUGGAUGAAAAGAUGGAUGAAAACAACAAAGCGGAUAGGGAUAGCCUUCCGGAGAAGAAUGAAUUUGAGCAUAAUGAGAAAAAUGGAGACAGGGAUGUGGAGAUGUCGUCCGAGAAGAAAGAUAGCGAGAAAGGAGACGACAAUGAGGAAGAAAGACUGAUGAGAGAGAUUGAACAGAUGGAUACCAACUAAAGUAUAUGAAUAAUAUUU